UUCAGGCCUUGAAGGAGAGUGUCAUGGUCCCACGAUGCAGUAUAGAGUGUGUGAAAAUCCUUCUUGUCCUGCUGGCAUGCCUGCCUUCAGGGACUGGCAGUGCCAGGCAUUCAGUGUCAGAUCUUCAUAUCAGAAGCACGUGCACCAGUGGCAAGCGGUCAUCGAUGAUGAAAAGCCAUGUGCCUUAUUCUGUUCACCGACUGGAAAGGAUCAACCUGUUCUUCUAACAGAAAAGGUGAUGGAUGGGACUUCCUGUGGCCAGCAUGGGUUAGAUGUCUGUGCAGAUGGUAGAUGCCAGAAAUUUGGCUGUGAUGGCAUAUUAGGAUCUCUGGCUCGUGAAGAUCAUUGUGGUGUAUGCAAUGGUAAUGGGAAGUCAUGCAAAGUUAUUAAAGGUGAUUUUAACCAUACCAGAGGAGCAGGUUAUGUGGAAGCUUUGGUGAUACCUGCAGGAGCAAGGAGAAUCAAAGUUGUUGAAGAAAAGCCAGCUCACAGUUAUUUAGCUCUUCGAGAUGCAGGAAAACAGUCCAUCAAUAGUGACUGGAAGAUAGAGCAUUCAGGAACAUUCAAUAUUGCCGGCACCACUGUCCAUUAUGUUCGGAGAGGUCUCUGGGAGAAAAUAUCAGCCAAAGGCCCCACAACAUCACCUUUACAUUUACUGGUGCUGCUCUUCCAUGACCAGAGCUAUGGUCUGCACUACGAGUACACAAUCCCACUGGAUCCUCUUCCUGAGAAUCAGAGCUCUAAAGUACCAGAGCCACUCUUCAUGUGGACUCACUCUGGCUGGGAGGACUGUGAUGCUGUAUGUGGAGGAGGUGAAAGAAAGACAACAGUCUCUUGCACAAAGAUUAUGAAUAAGAAUAUCAGUGUUGUGGACAACAAGAAGUGCAAAUAUUUAACGAAACCUGAACCACAGAUCCGCAAGUGCAAUGAGCAGUCAUGCCAGACCAGAUGGAUGAUGACAGAAUGGACUCCAUGUUCAAGGACAUGUGGAAAAGGGACACAGAACAGACAAGUAGCCUGCACACAGCAGCUCAGAAAUGGGACCCUGAUCAGAGCUAGGGAGAGGGAUUGCCUUGGGCCAAAGCCUACUUCUGCACAGCGCUGUGAAGGCCAGGACUGCAUGACUGUGUGGGAAGCAGGAGUCUGGUCUGAGUGCUCUGUAAAGUGUGGUAAGGGAGUACGACAUCGGACUGUGAGGUGCACCAAUCCCCGCAAGAAAUGUGUUUUGUCCACGAGACCUAAAGAAGCAGAGGACUGUGAGGACUAUUCCAAAUGCUAUGUCUGGAGAAUGGGUGACUGGUCUAAG